ACUAUUGUCGGGGCUUUGAUUACGAACUCGGUGGGGCUACCUCGCUCGCUCGCUCGCUCGCUUCGCUUCGCUUGUUGCUUGAUCGCUCGUUUGCUCGCUCGCUCGCUCGCUUGCUCGUUCGUUCGCGUGCGCUAAAGCUAAGCCCAAGCCCAAGCCCUCGGGGGGCUCGUUCUUGUUAGCGAGAGCCACUCUCCGGCGGUUGCUCACCCGCCAGCCAGCUUGCCAGUCUUCUUCGGUGGUGCCCCUCCUGGCCUGGCCUGGCCCCCACGCCCCGCCAGGAGCCCGCGGGGCUCGUAUCGCCGUGCCGUGCCUCCGGCAGAGGGAGGGAGCGAGGGAGGGAGGGGGAGGGAGUUGGUGUGGGUUCUUGUCCUGCGGGGGGGCUGGCCUGGAGGGGGCCUGCGGCUGCGGGGCUCGAGAGUGCUGGCUGGCCGAUUUGGGUGCGCACCGCACCACCUGCAAUCUCGUUGUUGGGCGUCUCCGAGGGCUCGCCUGGCUCUUGCGCGGACUCGACAGUCCGAGGGAAGGGAUUGAUUGAUUCGGUUGCGCAUUUGAUCGCGCAAUUCGGCGUGGAUCGAUCGACUUGGGUGCGGCCAGGAGCCGAGCGGGGUAUGGAAUCGGAGAAGAGUUGCGACAACCUCAUGCAUUGCGGGACGGUCGUCGUCCGAUGAGAAUGUUUGACUUUGGGAGAUUUAUUGAUGAUCGGCGUGUGGUGGAGUCGAGGUUUAUAAGCAGCGGUGUUGGCCUGUCCGGCAGCCUCCUCGGCCGAGGUCGCUCGUCGCCCGUGCGAGCCUUGUAAUUGCAAAUUGAAAUUGAUGGACAAUUUCCGAUAGCACUUGCUGUGCCUCGGGUGUGGUGGAGUUGCGCUGGGUUGGCGUUCGAGCUGGCAAGGUGUAAUCUCUCGUUGUUGGUUGUGAUUUGCGAGCGAAGACACACGAGACUAUGAUGGUUUGUUCUGUGGAUGCGAGGGAGAAGGGAACGCACGGGAGAUUGCGAGCAGUUGUCCAAUUGGAGGUCGGAGUGGACGCCCGCGGCCGAGGCGAAGAUGUCGUAACGAUCUUGAUCACGCCGAGCACUUGCGCACCGGUGUUUUUACAGACAGAAGAGUGAUUCAUAUCAGGAAAGUCUUCUAGUUGAUUAGCAGUUGAAUGUAGCUGACGCGACCGACAGAGCAGUGAAGCGAGACAUCCCACAAGUUGUACAGGUUGCUGAAAGUCUCUAGGGUACUGGGGAGAGAAUGACGUCAAGGAGGGCGAGUCUCAUCAGAUACAGCGGCGCAGAGGCUCGAGGGUCAGGCCAAGGUCUGCUUCUAUCCGACAACAGAAAGUUUUCUUACCCCAUACAAUUGGUUGCUGCGGUUCCCGGCGGCCUUCUUCUUACGACCACCCCAAGAUCCCGUACUGCGUAGAAAUUUAUCGAUAGCCUAACCGUAUUGCUCUUAUCUGCGUUUAUGUUCGACGACGCGCAAGUUUGUUGAACAUUCAACCACUACAGAAUCGAAUACCGACUCUCGGAGGGUUUGGGUGCGGCGUUGGACCUCCUGAGUUUGCGGAAACACUCUCUCACCAGCACAAAGAAUCGCGAAUUUCGCUGCAGGCGCCAUGUUACUCUUGACUAUGGGCCAAGGCAAGUCGUUCAAGGAGUCUCUCAAAGCGCUGGAAGCUGACAUCCAACAUGCCAAUACGUUGGCGUCAGAAUUUCCUCGAGAUUACGAUGGCGCUUGUCUCCAAAUGAGACUUUCCUACAGCCCGGCAGCACAUUUCCUCUUGUUUCUCGUCCGAUGGACCGAUUGUAGCCUCGCGGGCGCGUUGGGCCUGCUGCGCAUUCUCAUCUAUAAGCGUGCUCCCUACGAUGAUGCGCAGGUGUACAUGGACGGGACCACAACUAUGUCAACUCAUGAGCGAAAGGCGAGCCUAAGGGAGUUUUAUGCCUAUAUCUACCCUUCCUUGCAGCAAUUGCAAGGCGGUAUCACCGAGGUUGAAGAUAUGAAGCAGAAGGCGCUUUGCAUGGAGAGGUACAAGAAGAAAUCAGAUGAAGAGAGGGGACACAUGUCAGACCUCGACUUGGAAAGGGAGCAGGAGUGUGGAAUUUGCAUGGAGACCAAUAACAAAAUUGCUCUGCCUGAUUGCAACCACGCAAUGUGCAUCAAAUGCUACAGAGAAUGGCAUGCGCGGUCGCAGUCAUGCCCGUUCUGCAGAGACAGUUUGAAACGUGUAAACUCACGAGAUUUGUGGAUCUUCACCGAUAGCGGGGACGUGCAGGACAUGGUGACUUUAGCUAGGGAUAACCUGCAACGACUCUUCAUGUACAUUGAUAAAUUGCCUCUUUUGGUCUCAGAGAGCGUAUUCGCUGUUUACGACGCUCAUAUCAAGUGAGACCCUACCCCGGCCCCUUUCAAACCAUUGCUUGGAGAAGAGAGACCAACCAGCCAUUCACUUUUCCAUUGAGAAUGCACAGUGAUGUGGGAAGUGUUUGUUCUUUAAAAUCUUAGACACGGCUGGCCCCAUCCUUGAAACUUGUGUCCUCUCCCAGUCCGUAACUUCACGUCCAUAAUGUCAAUAAUUCAUUUCUUGGGAUAGCUAUUCGGAGAGUGGGUUAUCCUAAAUGUGCCUUCGGUUCUCCCUAGAUUAUCAGGGGCUGGUCAGACAAUGUACAUACUUAAGAUAUUUGAGUGACCGUGGUCGGUCUGACGCGAAGCACCGGAGGCACCUGUUAGGAAUUUAUGAAAGUAUUUUAGGACUUAUUGGCUUUCGUAGAAAAUGAUUUAGAAAGUCGUGAAAUUCCUACACUCUCCUUUGAGCUUUCUCUUAAGAGAUUUUCCUUAAUAGAACUUCAGCCUGUGUCCGAAUUUGCGUCGCCACACUUAAAAAGGACGAAGUUGAGACACGCACUUUUUGACCGCACUUUCUACUGGGGCUGUGUCCGAAUCAUGCACUAGUGGUGGAGGAUUGUUAUUCCCACGACUUUGGUGCAUGGCGGCUUUUUUCCUUCAGAAAAGCUUCACAGUCCCGCACCUUAGUUCUCCCCAUUGCCUUCUAGAGCACUUCUUCAUCUGUGCCGCUUGGAACGGCCUGGAUGGAGGUGCUCUGUGGAGAAAACAGGUCAGAGCAAUGCCCGAGCAGCUGUAGACGGUGUCAAGUGCCUCAUAUCUGUAUAGCUUUCAUUCGAAAGGUGAAACAAUGUAUGAUGAAUUACUGUAUAAUUGUGACAAUCGUCAUGUGCAUUUAUUUGCAAUUUCUCUUCUGGGUU